CAGACACUCGUGGCUGUCGCCCGCCCCCCGACGGCUGUGUGAGACAGCUGCAGCCUCUCUUUCAGCCCAUGCGCCCCGAGGUAUGACAAACCAUCAGCAUUGCUCGAUAACAUAGUGCCGUAUGAGAGACAAGAGACAGAAUACAAGACGAGACGGAACCCCAAAAGAGCACCCAUCCCCCGGAUAGGUCUCGUCCAGUCCUCCUGCUUGUUACUACUAAUACGACUUAGUAUACUGACACAAACAAGCAGCAACCUGAAUCUUCAUUCCUAUUUGCGCUCUGCCCUACACGUAAUACCAUGCGUGUCUCCAUCAACACCGUCCAGGCCUUGGUGCUGGCGGGAACCGCCUUCGCCGAUCUAGGCGUCUCGCCCGCUAGGGUCAACCAGCCCUCGGACCCCGGCUCCUCGUUCAACAUCGAAAAGAUCGUAACCACUCCAGAAAUCGUGCCCAAACCGGAUGUAGUGCUCCUAGUCGAUGUGACCGGCAGCAUGAACGACACCAUUGAGAAUAUCAAGACGAACCUUCACAGCGUCAUAUCGACCGUCAGCGACGCGCAGCCCAACGCCCAGUUCGCCGUGGCCAGCUUCGGCGAUCUGGCAGACCCCAACGGCUUCGACGUGGUCCAGGAACUGACAGACGACGAUAUCACGCUGCAGAACGCCGUCAACUCCCUCCGGGCAGACCACGGCGGCGACGAAGCCGAGGACUGGAUCAAUGCACUCUAUCUCCUCUCCACCGGCGCAAUCUCCUUCCGCACGGGGGGUAGCCGGAUUAUUGUUCUCAUCGGCGACGCGCCCAGCCACGACCCCAGCGGCGGACACACUCUGGCGGGUGCCACUGGCGCCUUGACCGCAGGAAACAUCCGCGUUAUCGGCGUCAACGUGGGCAGGCUCGACCGAGACGGCCAGGCCACCGUCGUGACGAGCGCCACGGGCGGCAUGAUCAUCGGCUCGGCAGCCGACGAGGUGUCCGAGGCGAUUGUCAGCGGGCUGAAGAACCUCGACGUGACCGUCAAGCCCGACGUUGUCUCUUGCGACGGCGGGCUGAGCGUCGAGUUCGAGCCGACCGAGAUCCUCGUGAGCAGCGGGAGCACCGUGGCCUUUGCCGAAACGGCCAAGGUGGCCGAGGACGCCGUGCAGGGGGCUGCCGUAUCAUGCUCGGUGCGGUUCCUGCUCAACGGCGCGCCCGGCGGCGCAGCGUUCGUCCAGAACGUUACCGUGCCCGUCAACAAGCUCGGCUGCUUCACGUGCGACCCGCGGCCGGGAAAGAACCUGUGCCACAUCACCACGUCGUGCGCGCCGACCCCCUUCGGCACCAUGUGUCUGACCCGCCCGGGCUACAAGGCGGACGGCGCGGCCGACGACGACAUCAAGGUGCAGUGGCGCAUCAUGUGGGCUGGAGUCCCCGGCCACGAGCACCGUGUCGCGGUCAAACCGGGCAUCACGGCGAACACCCUGUGCGAUUCGAGGAACAAUGGCCGGGAUGUCUGCAAGGAGGUUGCGGUUGCGAAGUGCUUGCCUGUGAACAAGUUGGAGACUGCAGAUGGGAUGCACAACGGCGAUCAGAAGGUCAUAAACGACGGCGAACUUUGAGGUGAUGCAUCCUGGGCGCGAACCCCCUAGCAACC